AUGCGCACUUCAACUCCCCUCCUCGUCCUCUUCGGACUCGCAGCCCGCGCUAGCGCACACGUCAAGAUGACCUCCCCCGUGCCCUUCGGCGCCUCCAGCCUCAACAACUCCCCCCUCCUCGCCGACGGGAGUGACUUUCCCUGCAAGCAGCGCCCCGGCGUCUACGAUGCUCAGGGCGCCAGCAAUAUCUGGCCCCAGGGCUCCACCCAGAGCCUCGCCUUCAUGGGCAGCGCCGUGCACGGCGGCGGCUCCUGCCAGGUCUCCGUCUCCUACGACGAGGCCCCCACGGCCAGCAGCACCUGGAAGGUGAUCCACUCCAUCGAGGGCGGGUGCCCCCAGAAGGGCGUCGCCGGCAACAGCGGCGACAACGCGGCCCAGAUCAUCCCCGACACCUACCCCUUCAAGAUCCCCGAGGCCCUGCCGACCGGCACCGCCGUCAUGGCCUGGACCUGGUUCAACAAGGUCGGCAACCGCGAGAUGUACAUGAACUGCGCCCCCGUCACCAUCACCGCCGCGAGCGCCCAGCGUCGCGACGACGACGGGAUGGAGGCGCCGCGGAACGACACGCAGCUCGGCGAGCGCGACACGGCGGGCUUCGAUGCGCUCCCCGACAUGUUCACCGCCAACAUCGGCAACGGCUGCGGGACCGUCGACUCGAGCGAUGUCCUCUUCCCCAACCCCGGGGACUCGGAGGAGAAGGACGGGGGGAAUACGCCCAAUGCCACCGCGCGUCCGACCGGUGGCGCGUGCAAGAAGGGGGGUGCCGGCGGCGGAGGAGCGGCGGCCACGACGGGCGUCGGCCCGGGAGCCACCCCCGUCGCGUCGUCGUCCUCGCCAUCCCCCACGCCCACCAACGCCGCCGGUGGCCCCGGCGGAGUCGCAGGCCUCCCCGGAGGGGUCUUUGCGACCACGCGUCCCCCGGCAGCCCGACGGGCGCGGGAACCGCCCACGUGGCGGGCAGCGCCUGCCCGAUCGAGGGCAUGUGGGAGUGCAUCGACGGCGGGCUGUCGUUCCAGCAGUGCGCGAGCGGGACCUGGUCGGUGGUCCAGCCGGUCGCGAGGGGCACGCAUUGCGCCGUCGGGCAAUCGGCCACCAUCAGCCUCAGCAAGGCGAAGCGCGCCAUCCGCUUCUCGAGCGAGCACCUCCGGCGCCAUCACGCUCAUCACUUCCACCGGUCGUAGUACCGCUCCAGGUCCGGAAUCCCUCAUGCGCCGAUGCGAUCCAGGCAACAAGACUAGAGAUUUUUCAUUUGGGAUUUUGAAGAGGAGAGGAAGAGAAAAGAGGCAAUGGAUAUUCGAUGAAUCAAGACUUUCUCUCUGCAUCCUGACCGUGCUAUUGCAUCCUGACCGUGCUAUUGUGCUUCCUGUUUGA